AUGGAGUACAAUGACUGUUAUAUGGGCACAACUGCUCGUAGAGAAACGCAUAAGUCGGGAAUAUUUAUCGCCCUUAUGUGCCUGGCAGCCCUAGCUGGAUGCAUAGCGCAGACAGUCUCCAUUUUCGUAUACGACUGGUGGAAAAUUAGUAAAAUUACAUACAACUACCAAUACAAAGGCAUGGAUAGGCAACAUCUUGUGGGCCCUACAGAAUAUGGACUGGAAACUGUCAGUUACGACAACGGAAGAGUGUUAGUCAAUUGGAAACAAAGAAUCGAACGAACAAAGACAAAGGGAUAUAAUGCAAUUCAGUACAAUUCGAAUGAUUUAAAUGAUAUUGAAGUAUUUGCCUCUAAUUGCCCACCAUCUUGCCAAGAGGCAAUCGCUACUCGCAUAACAGGCUACGAGACUAUCAAGUCUAUGAAUGACAUAAUAAAGAUUGUGACAAUCAUUUGUUCUGUGGUAGUGAUACUUAGCAUUGUAUGGUCCGUUUUUUUUGGCAGACAUUUAGCCAUAUGCUGCGUUUGGUUUGCAGCUGCUACAGGAAGUACAGCUACUUCGUAUACGUGGCAUUAUAAUACGUAUGAAAGUUGGAAUGCAAUCAUUUCUAGCCAACAAUUACCGAAGCCAGUGUUAGGUAACGGCCUUUAUCUGAAUCUUUUAGGAGCCGGCCUUUACGUACUUGCAGGAAUCGGGUUUUUAAUAACAAUGGCCAUAAGCCGAUAUAUUUACCACGGCCAUAUUAAAAAAUUACUCAAAGCACAAUACUCUGAGCUGCAAAAUAACGAUAUUUCGACUCAAUUCAAUUGUAAGUACUCAUUUGCACAAGCCAAUCCACAAAUUGGGAAUGGUAUUGUAGCCCCUAUGAUGAAUGUUUGGAGUUCUCAAAACAAUGCAGUCCCUUUUAGCCAGCCUGGUUUGCAUCCUAACAGUAAUGGAUUUUGGAAUGGACCCCAGGGCAACUUUAUCCCGCCAGGCAUUUAG